AUGGGCGCCAGGUCGGGAUUUAAGGCGCCGCUGGCUCCGGUGGCCGCACCACCAGCUGCAGCACAACAGAAUAAGGGAAAAGAAAAGGCGAAAGAAAAGAGCGCGCCCUCGCUUCUCCUGGGGUACGGCGAUGAGGAGGAGGACGAGGAGGAGGAGGAAGGGGCGCACGCACCGCCGCCCUCCCCGGCCGCCUCCGCCAAGCGAAAGGCCCACGAAGUGACACCCUCGUCGUCUUCCUCUUCCUCUUCGUCGUCGACUUCUUCGUCGGCGCUGCCGGCGGGUUUCUUCGAUGCCGCCGCCACUGCCACUGAGGCCGCUGAUGUCCCAUCGCCGAGCAAGAAGCUCAAGGCCGCGGAGGCGCCCGUGGCCAAGAAGGGCGCGAUUCCGGCCGAUUUCUUUGACGCCGCUGCGGCGUCGUCCGCCCCCGCCGCCGGCCAAGUCGUGAUCGAGGCGCAGGCCAAGCCGAGCGGGGAUGCGGAGAGCAAGGGGGCGCUGCCGACGGGCUUCUUCGACGAUCCCAACAAGGACUCCCAGAUGCGGCCCAAGGCCGCCGCACAGAAGCCCUCCCUCGAGGACGAGUGGGAGAAGUUCCAGGCCACGAUGACCCAGGUGGCCGAGGACGAGGAGAAGAAGAAGCGGGAGAGCGAGAACCUGGCGCAGCUCGAAGACCUCAUCGGCGACGAAGAGGAGGAAGCCGAGGAGAACGAAGAGGACGAGGAGAUCUCGCUCGAGUUUCAGCGCAAA